AUGAGCUAUUUAAAUGUUUUGAAACAGUCCACUGUUGUUCAUUUGUGUUUUGCUAUAUCAUACUUUACAUCAGGCCUAAUACUAAAUUUUGUACAAGCCAUAUUUUAUUUUGGCUUGAGGCCCUACAACAAGACAUUGUACAGGAAAAUAAAUUAUUAUCUUUCAUAUUCAUUUUAUAGCCAGUUAGUUUUCAUGUCUGAAUGGUGGUCGGGAACUACAGUAUCCAUAUAUAUCAAAAGAGAUGAAUAUAAUAAGUACUAUGGAAAAGAACAUGGAUACCUUAUUAUGAACCACAGUUAUGAGAUAGAUUGGCUUAUGGGUUGGCAGUUCUGUGAUGGAAUUGGUGUCUUAGGUAACUGCAAGGCCUACGCGAAAAAAGCUAUCCAGUACAUGCCGCCAAUCGGUUGGAUGUGGAAAUUUUCAGAGUUUGUGUUUUUGGAGAGAUCAUUCGAGAAAGAUAAGGAAAUAAUAAAGAAACAAAUAACAGAACUUUGCGACUAUCCGGAUCCAGUAUGGCUAUUGAUGACACCGGAAGGAACCCGUUAUACGGCUACAAAACACGAGGCGUCCGUUAAGUUUGCGAAAGAGAAAAAUUUACCGAUACUCAAACACCACCUUACUCCUCGUACUAGGGGCUUCACCACAAGUUUGCAGUACUUUAGAGGCAAAAUACCGGCCAUUUAUAACGUCCAGCUGGCCUUUGAACGAGAUAGUAAGACUCCACCAACAUUACUGAGCCUACUGUACGGUAAACCGGUUCACGCUCAUAUGUACCUUGAGCGGAUACCUGUGGAAAACGUGCCUACCAAUGAAGCUGAAGCGGCGAAGUGGCUUCAUGAUCUAUUCGUAGUUAAGGAUAAAAUGCAGGAAUCAUUCUUAAACACAGGUGACUUCUUUUUGGAGUCCGGUGUUGAAAAAGUAGACUGCCUCCAAGUGCCGCCUCGUGUGUACUCGCUUAUAAACACCCUGGGAUGGGCGAUCAUAACCUUAACUCCUAUGCUGUACUACUUAGUGGGUUUGCUCUUUAGCGGAAAACUUCUGUAUUUGUCUAUAGGCGGCGCCAUCCUUGCUGCAUUUUAUAUACUGCUUCAGAAAUCAAUUGGAAUCACGCAAAUCAGCCAAGGCUCUUCAUAUGGGACUGAGAAGAAAUAA